AUGCGCCGCCACCCGCCGGGGCACGCCGGCGGCGGCGGCCCAGCGUCACCCCGUGCGAGCAGGCCAGGAAGGCACUGUGUGUGGUCGCCGUUUGACGGGGAGGGGGCUGCUGGACGAGACCCCUGGCUGCCAUCCCGAGUUGCCAGAUGGGCGGCGGUGGGCGACGUGCGGAAGAAUCAUAAGAAGAGCCAGCCCCAGCAGCAGCAGCCGGAGCCAGCACCUCCCCUGGAGCAGCACCCGAGAGUGCCUGCUGGGUGCAAGGGCUUUUGGGAGCAGUUGGAGCCCUAUUUCCGAGAGUUUACUGCGGAGGAUUUCGAGGAAUUAGUGACGAAGCAUCAAUUCUGUCCUAGCCAGAUUGAUCCAUAUUUUGUGAUACCAGUUGUUGGCAGUAGUAAGGAGUUAGGGGAGAAUUCAGAUCUAUCUCAUGCUUUUGAAGCUGAUGAAAGCCCGGAUUUGAGCUCGAAUUUGGGCAAGCAUAACGAGGAGUUGGAUAGGAGCAAAGAGAAUAUUCAGGACAGCUUGGAUGAUAUUGGAGCCAGUGUAGAGCUGGUCACCCAAGAUGAGAGUAAUACAGAGAAUUGUGAUCAGGACAUGCAGGAAGUGAUUGUGCAGCAAGAGGAGCAGCCGGUUGAAAUCGUGUUAGAUCAAAGCAGGACUAAUAGCAUUGUUCUACCGGGAUGCAGAGAGGAUCUGUGGCCUUCUCUGAGCUGGCUCUUAGGAGCAAGGGGACGGUUGAGAUCUGAGCAUUUUGUGCAAAACAUUCUGCUUUCAAAAGCAUCAGCUCCAUACAGAAUGACAAAAGUGUAUCUGAACUGGACUCCGCUCAAGUUGAGCCGCAUGAUGGAAAACCUCUUACUGGGAAUGAACAGCCUAAACAAAGCACAGACAACUGUAUUGGCUACUGUUCCAUCCACUCUUGGAAGCACUCAAGAAACUCAAAGUGCAGAUAUGGCUGUUGAUCAACCCUCUGCAGAUGGGAAUAUUAUGAGCAAUUCUGGAGAUGUUUCCGGAAUUCUUAGAAAGCUAGUUGACCAAGGAAAGGUUAAUCUUGCUGACAUAGAAUCGGAGCUGGGUCUUUGUUCAGAAUCAGUGGAAGCUGCUCUUCAGCCUGAUGAGACAACUGCUUACUCCCCUGGCCUGAAGAUGAAAAUGAUCAAGUGGCUGCAGACCUCUGAGCGUGCACCUUCUGUUCAAGUGAAGUCAUUUAAAGAGGGUUCUUUGGCACAAGGUACACUUCUUAGGAGUGAAAGUAAGAACUUAACCACUGCUACACUUCAAUCAGGACAGGAGGAAGCCAUUUCAUCGAUUGAUCAUCAUUUUCCAGAAAAUGACAGUGCAAAUAGGGGUGAUUUAGUUCAAAAUGGCUUUCAUGAUGAUCCUGAUGCAAAUCAGAUUUCUGGCCGGCAUUUGCUCAACAUGGAUGGUUACUGCUGCUAUAUUCAUCCUGUCAUUGAGAAGAGGUUGCAAGGUUUGUGGAGUAACAACAUGGAGCAAACUAUACAGAAAAAUGGUUAUCAUGAAGAGUUACCUUGCUCUCUUCAUGAUGACCUUGGUGGUUCAUCAACAAAACUUGGGCAAUUAGCAGACAAAGCUGCCCUGGAUCAAGUCUGUAAAGCAAAAUCAUCAGAUACUCUCAAGCAUUCACCUGAUGAUGAAAUAGAAGGGGAAAUAGUUUAUUUGCAAUCCAGGCUACUUGAUGGUGUUGUUUCUAUGAAGCAGAGAUAUGAAGAUUUGAUGCACAAGGUUGUCCAGAAUAUUUCUUAUGAGUUGGAUUCUUUCAAUAAAAGAAAAUGGGAUCAUAUCAUUGUGAAUCAGUUUCUUCGUGAUCUGAGGGAAGCUAAGAAGCGUGGAAACUCAGAGAGGAGACACAAGGAAGCUCUAGCUAUCCUGGCUGCAACUGCACCUUCUGUUGUACCAACCUCACGAAAUGCAACAGUGAGGAAAGAGACAGAAAACAAUGUGGCAUCUGCUAGACGAGAGGCUGCUGUCCACUUAGAUUGCUACCAGAGCCAGAAGUAUCCUACAGGCCCAUGGAAGUGCGAACUUUGCCACGAGAUGCCCUCAGAUUUUAUUGUCUCUGGUGAGCUAUCAGAUCAAAAUGGCGCUGCAAAGCUUGUUUGGUGCAGUGUGUGCAGUACAGGAGACUGUCAAAUUACUUUCCAUCCUUCAUGUGCUAGAGAUGCUGGUCUUUACAUGAAUACAAAAAGAUUGGGUAAUAUGUUACAACAUAAAGCAUACUGUUGUAGACACAGUAUUGAGCAGAGAAAGGCCUAUCGUCAACAAUAUGGACCUGAGGAAGUCAAGAGCAUGAAACAAAUGAGGGUUGAAUUGGAACUAUUACGCUUCCUUUGUGAGAGGAUUGUUAAGAGAGAAAAAGUGAAGAAAGAUCUGGUUGGAUGUGCACAUGACAUACUUGCUGCAAGGAGGAUAACUGCUGUCUCUUCUUCGUGGACUUCUUGUCAUGCUUCUGGACCUGGAGCAAGUUCAGAAUCUGCGACUACUUCUGUUAAUAACAAAUCAUAUGGUGGAACGAUUCAAAGGUCCGAUGAUGUCACAGUGAGAUCGGACGAUGUCACAGUGGACAGUACAGUUACCGAAAAACAUACCGUCAGGUUUUCUCUGCAUAACAGGGACACUGAUAGGAAUACCGCUGACAGUUCCACAUCAACAAUAUCAUACAAACGGAAGUUGGAUGAUGGGGAAUCACUUGCAUUCAAGAGUCUUCCCGGAACACCAGCUACUGCCUUACUGGAGUCACAGGAUGUAGAAAAGAAGCCAAUAGAUAAAAAGCGUAGGGAAAUAUAUCAAAAGGAGCUUGUCAUGGCUACUUCUCACCAAGCUUUGUUGAAGAACAAGAGCCCUCCAGAGAGAUAUGUUUACACUCGCCGUAGCUCCAUGUCCAAAAGGAAGCAAUGUAGUCAGCAUGUAGUUGAAGGACCUGGUGGAUGA